GAGAGCGAACGCUUCAAUGUUUAAUUAGGCUACUAUAGUUUUACUAGUAACUGUUUAAUAAUUAUAGCAGUAAUUACCAAACAGUCAUAAAUCUACAGUACGUAUGGAUAAGACGUUGCUUCUGCUGCUCAGUGCUUGCAGAUGGUACAGAGUCUGAAACUGAAAUGUUACCCAGUUAUUUUAGCUGGUUACAGCGCGCACUCUGAACCAAUAGCUGACACUUCCUGAGUAAAAUAAUUUGUAUACGCCUACUUAUUUUACGGGCUUUGUAAACUUCGAACUUCAAAGAACACUUAUUUAUUGUGCUUAAUGGCUUUUGAUAAUUAACCCUAUCCUGGAUUACUAAUUCGUAUUGCCUUCUGACAUAUUUUUUUCGAAGAAAAGAACCGGAGAUGAGUUUCCUAUUUGGAAGUCGUUCAUCAAAGACGUUCAAGCCAAAGAAAAAUAUUCCAGAGGGCUCUCACCAGUAUGAAUUACUAAAACAUGCUGAGGCUACCUUAGGAAGUGGCAAUCUUCGAGCUGCUGUGAUGUUACCAGAGGGAGAGGACCUUAAUGAAUGGAUCGCUGUCAAUACUGUGGACUUCUUUAACCAGAUCAACAUGCUCUAUGGCACAAUCACUGAGUUCUGCACAGAAAUCAGCUGCUCUGUUAUGUCUGCAGGGCCCAGGUAUGAAUAUCACUGGGCAGAUGGUACCAACAUAAAAAAACCCAUCAAGUGUUCUGCCCCCAAGUACAUUGACUACUUGAUGACCUGGGUUCAGGAUCAGCUGGAUGAUGAAACCCUCUUCCCAUCUAAGAUUGGUGUUCCAUUUCCUAAGAACUUCACGUCAGUGGCUAAGACUAUUCUGAAGCGUCUUUUCAGAGUGUAUGCUCAUAUUUACCACCAACAUUUCGACUCGGUCAUGCAGCUUCAGGAGGAAGCCCACCUUAACACCUCCUUCAAGCAUUUUAUCUUUUUUGUACAGGAAUUCAAUCUCAUCGAUCGCAGAGAGCUGGCACCCCUGCAGGACCUUAUUGAGAAACUGGGCAGCAAGGACAGAUAGACACCGAUAAUAUCACCUUAUCAGUCAGCCUUAAAACAUUCUUAGCACUCCAGAAAGCCUUUCCUUUUUUUUUUCUUUUCAUGUCCACUCUUUGGGAUCUGCCAUGCUAUUUGUGCAUACUGAUUGUCUUCGCAACAUCCAGACUGUGCUUAUUGAAAGCUUAUAGAAUUGAACCUUUUUUUUUUUUUUUUAGCAUAAUGUGUAAAGUAUUUUGUUUUCUGUCUAUUCAUCUUUUCAGUAUUACACUUGUAGACAUUAUUUUUAGCUAUACUGAUCAGAAUUGAGUUUUUAUGGAAGUGAAACUAAAACCAGGAUUUUUGGUCAAACCUUACAUGCAUUAGUGCUUUCAUGGUGUUUAAAGGGGGGUAAGAUCUAUUUUAGGAGUAUUUUUGUAAUAUGACAUACUGUUUUUUUUUUAAUUAUUUUUUUUUUAAUGUGUGAUUCAGCACUGAAAUUGGAGGAAUUAAUUGUAUUAGAAUUUGAAGGAAUAAAUGGUUAUCUCUAAUACUUAAAACGCUUUUUUAAUUUUAGGUAAAUCUCAGAGAUUCAUGUGUGAACAUUUAACUUGUUACAUUUAACAGAUUUUGUUGUCUCAAUAAUUACUUUCUGCCAUAUUUAGAAUCAGAUUUUCUAGAGGAACAUCCAAUAUUGUGAAAACAUUGAUUGUAAAAUGGUCCCAAAAUCGUCAGGAUUUUUUUUUUUUUUUUUUUUCAAAAACAUGUUAUUAACUAGUUCUGACUGAUGAUUUUUAUUAUCUAAUGGUUUAAGCUGUAUUUUGCAUUCUUUUUUUUUUUUUUUUAAAUCUUUGUUGAUAUCUCAUGAAAGAUAUCUGAACAAAAUUCAGUUUGCAUAAUAUGUCUGUCAUUGAAACAAAAGCACACUCAGAACUUUGUGUAUUCAUUUAAUGUAACAUUUAUUGGUGAAGAAUUUUAUUUUCUUAACGUUGUUGUGAGUUAGUAAGUUCCAAAGAAUAAAAGGGCUGGUUUCCAUAAUAAAGAACAA